AUGCCACCAAUUUUCAAAAUAGCAAACCGAUUUGUAUUGCUACCUACUUUGGGCUUCUCGUUAGGUUUCGUCACGUUUUUGAAGGCCUGGCCUGAUGAGUCAACUGCUUUAUCACUAUCAGAUCCGGUACAUCCUCAUUUUAGGACAGGAAGACAGUCCUUCUCAUUACAACGUGAAGAUAUCUUAGAAAAAAUUGCCAAACUUCCUUUGUACAAGCAAUUAAUCAACGAUCCCAAGGUAACACACUCAGUACAAAGUGAGACAAUUCCCCAUAAACAUAUACCCUAUCAUGUGGGCCAGGGCCAGUUGUUUGGUCCUUCUAAGCUGGAAAUCGAUCCUCUUAUUUUCCGUAAUGAAGAUGAAGGUACAUUGGUAGUCUUCUAUCAUCUAGGAAAAGGACUAAGUAAUGAGAAUAAAAAGAUACAUAAGGGUAUAUUAUCCUUAUUAUUGGAUGAAGGUUUAUGUUAUUGUGGAUUUCCUUUGCUACCAAGUAAAAGAGGUGUCACUGCAAGGCUAAAUCUCAACUUCCAUGAAGAUAUUCCCGAGGAUUCUACGAUAAUUUUGAGAGCUAAAGUCAGUGAAAUAAAGGGUAGAAAAUGUGUUAUAGACGGUACGUUAGAGUCUUUACCUUCUAAAAGCCUUUUCAGUUAUUUUCUGGGGAAGCACGGUACGAGUGACACUAUAUACUGUUCGGCUCAUUGCAUUUUAGUAGAACCAAAAUGGUUCAAGUACUUAAAUAGAUUUAAUAUAUUCUAG